AUGGGGCAAUUUGUCUACACCAUUGCAGAGAAUGUCAUGAAUGGGCUAGCUUCCUAUGCUUACCAAGAAAUCUGCUUGGCGUGGGGUGUCACAGAUGAACUAAACAAGCUUAAGGACACCUUCUCAAGCAUCAAGUUAGUGAUCCUGGAUGCAGAGGAAAAGCAAAGGAAGGAACUCCGUCUGAGCCAAUGGCUAGGAAAGCUCAAAGAUGUUUGCUACGAUGUGGAUGACAUGCUUAACGACUUUGCAUUCAAAGAACUGCAGAUGCAAAUGCUGAUCCUCCGUGGGCGUGGGAGCAUCAAAGGACAGGUACGCAUAUUCUUUUCGUGUUGGAAUCCGGUCGUGUUUAACUUCAAAAUGGGUCAUAGAAUCAAGGAGAUUAGAGAAAGGUUAGAUGUAAUAGCAAAUGAAAAAUCUCAGUUUCCUCUAGUGGAGAGAGAUGAAGAUUGGCAGAGUCAGAGUGUGCACAUAAACAGGGAGACUCACUCUUUUGUGCAAGCCUAUGAUGUUAUCGGGAGAGAGGAUGAUAAGAAACAGAUUAUCAUCUAUCUCUUGAACUUGACCUUGAAGGAAAAGAGUCGUGAUGUCCAGGAAAAUGUUUCUGUUAUAUCGAUUACUGGAUUAGGAGGUAUAGGAAAGACUACCCUAGCUAAAUUGGUGUAUAAUGAUCAUAGGGUAGUUAAACACUUCGACAUGAGAAUGUGGGUAUGUGUUUCAGACCACUUUGAUAAUAAAAGACUGGUGCAUGAAAUCGUUGCUUCUGCAACUAACCAAAACUGUGGUCAUCAAGAAAGUUUUGAUAGUGUGCAGAAAAAGUUGCAAAGUGCUUUGAAAGAUAAACAAUUUUUAUUAGUGUUGGAUGAUGUUUGGGAUAAGGGUCAAAUUGGAGUAACAACUGCAAAAUGGAUUGAUUUAAAAGCUUUGUUAAAUGUUGGAGCAAACGGGAGUAAAGUCAUUGUCACAACGCGUAGCGAAUCGGUUGCUUUGAUUAUGGACUCUGUUUGCGUGCAUCAACUGAGAGGUCUUCCCCACAAGAGUUGCAUGUCUUUGUUCAUAAAAAGGGCAUUUGGUCGAAAAGGAGAGGAGCAGCGCUAUCCACACUGA